AUGGACCAGAGCUAUAAAGCUCGAAAAGAGGCCUUUGUGUCGAAUUUGGCCGGGGGAGGCAUUCUGGAGAUCAAUGCCGUCACUUUGGUAGCUCCUGCCUCUGUACUCCUGUGGUCGGUGCUCCAAUCGCGUCUGUCCUUCUUCAACCCGUACGGUGGUCCAGCACUAGUCGUCGAUUUCUUGCUCAAUGUUUUGGCAAUUCUAUUUGCAACCACCAUCUAUGCCGCGGCGCCAUGGACCCUGAACAUUCUUCUCGUAUCCCCCGCCCUCCUGCUACUAUUCACAUCGCCGGCGCCUCGUACCCAACAAAAGGCGAAACCGCCAGCCCAGAAGAGCUCCAAACAUGCGACAGAAACGCCCGCGUCUCUUCCCAUCCACCCGUUCCUCACGACAUACCGUGCUGCGAUGAUGAUCGUCACCUGUGUCGCUAUACUGGCCGUCGACUUCCCCAUAUUUCCCCGCAGGUUCGCUAAGGUCGAAAAUUGGGGCACGUCGCUGAUGGAUUUGGGCGUCGGUUCAUUUGUGUUUUCCGGGGGCGUGGUUUCCGCUCGUUCCUUGCUUAAAGGACGAACGAGUACUGCCACAAAGCCUCCUCUGUGCCGGAGAUUGACUGCCUCUUUCCGUCACUCAAUCCCUCUGCUCGUGCUUGGUUUGGUACGACUGUAUAGUGUUAAGGGUCUUGACUACGCCGAACAUGUCACGGAGUAUGGUGUCCAUUGGAAUUUCUUUUUCACGCUGGGUCUGUUACCCCCGUUCGUCGAGAUCUUUGACGGCCUAUCCACCUUUGUCCCCUCGUACGAGCUUCUUGCGCUGGGGGUUGCAGCCCUGUAUCAAGUGGCCCUCGAGUCUACCGAUUUGAAGGGCUACAUACUUGUUUCCCCGCGUGGUCCAGAUCUUUUGUCGAAGAACCGAGAGGGUAUCUUUUCUUUCUUAGGGUAUCUGGCCAUUUUCCUGGCCGGUCGUGCUGUUGGCGUUCGCAUCAUACCCCGUGGGACGUCCGCUUCCAAGUCGCCGAAGCAAGCCCGCAAGGACUUACUGAUUAGCCUCGGAGUUCAGAGUCUUGUUUGGAUCGGACUCUUCACGCUGAACUCCACAUAUGCGCUGGGAUACGGAGCCAAUAUCCCCGUCUCACGCCGCCUGGCCAACCUACCUUACGUCCUCUGGGUGUCCGCCUUCAAUAUUGGGCAACUUUUCCUGUUCUGCAGCGUGGAAACUGUAUUCUUUCCCUUUGUCCAUCGUGAAACUGAAAAAAGUGGGGAGGCUGAGCGUGUAUCUCUGGCGACCAGUCGGAUUAUGGCUGCGUUCAACAAAAAUGGGCUUGCCAUUUUCUUGGUGGCAAAUCUCCUGACGGGGGCUGUCAAUCUGAGCGUCCCGACGCUUGACGUCAACACACUGCAGAGCAUGGCGAUCCUUGUCGCAUAUGCUGCAGUUAUCACGGGCGUUGCACUGGCCAUGCAAAAGGCGAACAUUAAGCUGGUUCUGUGA